AUGGCUCCCAAGAAGAGGACAUCGGGAGGCGCACAGCAGCCUCAGAAGCAGAAAAAGGCCAAAGCUGGUGAGGGAGUCCCAGCAGAUGCGCUGGCUUUACCGCACAUGGAUGUGCAACACUCGUUGUGCCAAUUGGUGCUGUUGAAUGGGAUGAUGACCAACCCCGACAAGCCAGGGGUUGAAAAGGUUUGCUGUUCUUUGACGCAAGCCAAAUGGCUUAGCUUGCCCAUGCUGCACCUUAGAGUCGAAGAGGAUUUGGGCAUCCUGGAUGGCUCUCUGGUGCCUCCAGGCAAUGCCUUCAUGGUCAAGGGCUGGAACCGGAGUGUCUGUGCCUUGACAGUGUGCUACGCAGCUUACAUGGUGCCAGAGAAAUACACCCAGCCGCGCUUCAUAACCCAUGACUCUUUGAGUGGGAACUUCUUCAAUGGUGGCUUUUCUUCUGCCUCGGGCAUCUUAGUCCCCUGGAAGAGUCAACUCACAAAUUCAACAGCAUUGCUUCGGGUCUUGGUGGUGCGCUUGGAGAAAGACUGGCUGGCAAUUGCGCCCAAGCACCGAAAGCCUUGGAACGCAAAAGAUGUGGAACAGCUACAACGAAUCUGUGGAGGGUUCCUUGCUUGCUUGGACCAGUUCAAGACCAUGAUCCCUGGGUCCUUUGCAGACCAUUGCCUGACAGACAUCCACAAAACGCUGAGUGCGCAGUUGUUGACAACUACGUGGCAGCAAACUCAGCUUCAACUGGAGGAGGACAUGGAUAAGGUCAAGCUGUGGUCAAGGAAGUUCCAAACUUACGCUGAGCAGCAGGGAGCCAUGGACUUCAAGCACAUCAACGACCGCUUUCAGAGAGGCAAGGAUUGGUCAGAGGACUUUCUAGAACGGAAGCACAAACUGGUCCAUUUCUCUUCACUGGUGUUGGCGCACAGCGCUAUUGUGUCAAGCCAAGCAGAGAUGGGGCCUGAUGGGCUCACAAUCUUGGUGGUGGAUGCAACUCUGUGGCCAACACGCCAGCUUUCAAUUGAUGAAGCCAUUCAAAUCUGUUCAUCGGUGAGCUCUGGCAAUGCCAACACAGUUGCCUUCUUUUGCAUGCCGCAAUGUCAUUCUUCCACAAAGCGAGAAUCGGUAUUGAAGAACAGACGGCUUUUGGAAGAUAAAGUGGGGCAGGCCAUGGACAUCUUCGAGGUGUCGAUCAACUAUGCUGAUUCCACACACGGGGGUAUGGCUGCCAUCUCUGCCUCAACCUGGAACAACGCGGCUUUCUCGAAGUCGAAGGCCCUGCUCGGGUCGAUCUGCGAUGUGGAGAGAAGCAGAGUCUCUGAGCUUCAGAACCCGGACCCAGAAAGGUCUUUAGCGCCACAUUGGAGGGUACAACAGAGAGGCAUCCAUGCCACUGCAUGCAUCAUCAAGAACAUCGUUGCAGGUGUUUCAAGCAACUCGCAACAGCCACUUCUGGUGGUGGACCUCUUGCCCUCCAGGUUUGCUGAAUGGUCCUUGGCAAGCUGGAGCAUCCAGGCAGCUUUCCUUCAGGAAGCAAAUCGAGAGUUGGAUGUGCGCUUCUUGGGGGUAUACCACUCGGACAACGCGGAGGAGCUGACCAGUGCCAGGGCAGUUUUGAUGGGUCGGCUGAUCUCUGACUACUGGGAUGGAUGUGAGAAAGCAGGCUCCAAAACUCGUGAAGCUUCUAGCUUUUCUGAGAGCUUGCCAACUUUGCAGAGCUUGGUGAUCAACGAAGAUGGGGAAAUCAAGAUUCCGGACUUGCUGCAGCAGAAGUACUCGCAACAACCAGGUUUGAAGGACUUCACCGCCAAGCUUGCUGAGGACACUGAAAUAUCCGGAGCCUUGAGGACUUUCCAUGCAGCCCAGCAGCGGUGCAAUGCCACUCCAAGCGUGAGCACGGCCACGGUGCCAACCAGAACCCUGGCAUCGCCAGAGUGGCAAGGUGAUUCACCCAUCAAUGUCCGCAAGAGGCUCAACUUGGAGGAGAUUUCCAUGAGCCAGUUCGAAUCUGCAAAUGACAACACCUUGGUAGCAAUGGCAGACAGCAAAGAGAUCAAAUCUGUCGCUGACAUCAUGUGUGAUGUGGCAAAGCAUCAGGGUGCGGGAACUGGUGAUCGGCCGUUGGCCUAUCGGUAUGACAUCUCGGCUAUGACCAUGGUCAAUGUGUAUAAGCCGAAGGAGCUUGCCGCCGACACCGACAAGCAGCACAUACGAUCGGUGCAAUUUGGUGCUGUUUUCCAUGCCAAAUAUUCACAACUUCCAAGAUGCCAGCUGUGUGAUGUGGUCUGGGAGGCCAUGGUUGGAUAA